GACUCAAAGAAGUACUUCAAACGGGCUGAUCUCGCACGUAAGGAAGAGGAGGAUUAUUACAGAAGAUGUGGAUACAAGAUCUUGGAGAAACUUAGCAUCACAUCACUUGACCUUCUGCAGUGAAUGGGUGCCGUCAGAACAAACAGCUGAUAAAAACAGCACAGCAAACCACAAGUAAUCUACAGGACUCCAGUAUAUCAGUUAACUUCUUGUGAAAAUCUGUGUGUUUGUAAGAAACAAGUCCAUCAAGAUAUUUUCCAACUAAAGUAUGAGUCUGUCUAUAUAUCUAUCUAUUUAGCUAUCUAGCUAUAAUAGCUAUGUUUUCUAUUGUCUACUUCUGGCUAUAGUCCAUAAUAACACUUCAUCCAUUGGUAAAAGUUUUUCACUGAAAAAUAGCAGUAUUAUGGGUUAUGAAGUGACAUUUAAAACUUAAAAGCAUUUUAAUGAGGGAUUUCUUUCUUACAAAUGCAUGACACGAGCUGAGGGACUGCAGUGGUGUGCAUUAUUGCGGCGCUUUUAUCUUUCAUCCCGACGGCACCCAUUCGCUGCAGAGGAUCCAUGCAAGUGUUGUAAUGCUAAAUUUCUCCUCAUCUUGGACGCCCAGAGUCUGGACAAGACGGAGGAAGAGGCGCCUCCUUCCGCAUCGUCCAAUCCCGUGUUAGAGCUGGAGCUCACGGAGGAGAAGCUGCCGAUGACGCUCUCUCGACAGGAGGUGAUCAGACGUCUGAGGGAACGCGGCGAGCCCGUCCGUCUGUUUGGGGAAUCCGAUUACGACGCUUUCCAGAGACUCCGAAAGAUAGAAAUUCUAGCACCGGAAGUAAACAAGGGUCUGAGGAAUGAUCUAAAGGCUGCCAUGGAUAAGAUCGAUCAGCAGUAUCUGAAUGAGAUUGUCGGAGGAACAGAGGGCGCUGAAGUGGACACGCAGCACGAUCUCAAAGUGCAUGAAGAAAACACCACCAUCGAGGAGCUUGAGGCUUUGGGAGCAUCUCUCGGCACUGGCAAUGACGUUAGAGACAUGGACGUCAUAAACAAAGUUUUAAGGUUUCUGCUGGGCGUGUGGGCUAAAGAUCUGAACAGCCGAGAGGACCACGUGAAGCGUAGCGUCCAGGGCAAACUCGCCAGUGCCACCCAGAAACAGACUGAAUCCUAUUUGGAACCUCUGUUCAGAAAACUGCGUAAGAAGAAUUUGCCAGCGGAUAUUAAGGAGUCCAUCACAGACAUCAUAAAGUUCAUGCUGGAGCGGGAAUACGUUAAGGCAAACGAUGCUUAUCUGCAGAUGGCUAUAGGAAACGCUCCGUGGCCCAUCGGUGUGACCAUGGUGGGUAUCCACGCUCGUACUGGACGUGAGAAGAUCUUCUCCAAACACGUCGCCCAUGUGCUCAACGACGAAACCCAGAGGAAAUACAUUCAGGGGCUGAAAAGAUUAAUGACGAUCUGUCAGAAACAUUUCCCGACAGAUCCCUCAAAGUGUGUGGAGUAUAACGCUCUGUGACGUACCGAUCAUGUCACCACAUAUUGUACAAUGUACGGCUGUCUCUCAUUCACUCAUGUUGUAAAUAACCCGCUGACUGUAAAUAUACAUCAAUCUUGAGAACAUAUAAGUGGAUCUCUACAGUGUUGUUUUUUUUUUAAAAAUAAAUGCUGAUGUUACUGUCUUUUCAUGACAUUCACUGACACUUGA